AUGGGGACCCUUGGCUGCAACCCUGCUCCACGGCUGACCACUGAGUGCCAGAGUGUUCAGACCGGCUCGAGGAAGUCCUGUGGGACGGCCGCCUCGGAGAACGGCUCCGGACCGGGCCUGUACGUCCUGCCGUCCACCGUGGGCUACGUCAACCACGACUGCACCAGGGUGGUCAGCCCCGCCUACUCACUCUUCCGGAGGCCCCGCCCAGCGUCUCCACAGGACGUCAGCCCUGGGCCAGUCUACUUCUUGGACCCAAAAGUCACCCGGUUUGGCCGAAGCUGCACCCCUGCUUACUCCAUGCAGGGCCGGGGCAAGUCUCGGGGUCUGGAGGUGACACCAGGCCCAGGGGCCUACAGCCCAGAGAAGGUGGCCCCUGUGCACCAGCGGACACCCCCAGCUUUCACCCUGGGCUCCCGCCUGCGCCCACAGCUCCAGGACACCUCCACCCCUGCUCCUAACACCUAUACCCUGCCCUCCCUCUGGGGUUCCCAGAUAUUCAUUAAGCCCAGCAGCCCCAGCUACACAGUGGUGGGCCGCACGCCCCCCGCCCGUCCCCCUCAGGACCCUGCUGAGAUCCCAGGCCCGGGCCAGUACGAGAGCCCCGACCCCAACACCUACCGUCAGCGCCAGCCCGCCUUCACCAUGCUGGGCCGGCCCCGUGCCCCCCGGCCCCCAGAGGAGACUCCUGGCCCUGGCACCCACAGCCCUGAGCAGGUCACCAUGACCAAAGCCCGGGCGCCAGCGUUCACCAUGGGCAUCCGCCACUCCAAACGCACUCCCACCAUGGUUGUGGACACCAUGCCCUGACACCUUUGGGAUUAGGAUUCCCAGCUGCCCCGGGACCAACCCAGUUUACCUGUGUUGUCACACGGGGUGUGGGCAGGCCCCUCCUGGGCCUGGCUGUGGAGAAGACACAACUUGCCUUCCUUUUUUUG